CGUCUAUUGGACACUAUCAACAUGGCAGCUUUCUGAGUUUUGGAGGAGGGAGCCUGGUGUAAAUAAACAUAAAUUCCCAGUUGUACACAAAGCGACGGCAUUCACCCGUUUAUGUCCAAGACCUGUUGGACCAUAGGAGGAAAAUGUCAAGUGACGGAAAUAAAAAACAAUUCUGGAAAAGAAACGCAGCGAAGGUUCCCGGCAGCAUUCAGCAUGUGUAUGGCGCACAACAUCCACCUUUCGACCCGCUUCUUCAUGCUAACUUAAUUAAAGCAGGAAACAAGCUUCCUCCAGCUACACCAAACAAGCCCAAGAAGGCUACCACCUUCCAGGAGUUCGAGAGCAUCACAAGUGACGCGUGGGAUGUUGGGGACGAUGAUGACGAGUUGCUGGCCAUGGCUGCACAGAACCUUAAUAUCGAGGUGGUCAUGGAGACAGCCAAUAAGGUGAUUGAGAACCACAGCAAGCAACAGGAGAGACAAAGGCUGGAUGACACAUCAGAGCUGGAACAGAGAGAAGAGGACACUCAGGAAGAGGUGGCAGAAGAGGAGGAGGAGGAUGAUGAGGAAGAGGAGGAGGUAGAGGAUGAGGAGGAGGAAGAAGAAGAUGAGGAGAACAGGUCGGGAGAAGGAUACGUAACAAGUCCAGAGGUGUCAUUUGCCUCCCAGAGCAGCCAUUACACUGAUAGCCGCCUGGUGAAGUCCCACAGCGAAGCUCCAAUAGGGUCACCUAAAGAUGCAGCAGGUGAGCAUGCAGCCCUCCACAGACAACGGUCUCUGCCCCACCGGCCGCCAGUAAUCCCACUUGUUGCUCGCAUGGCUGACCAGAACACAUCUGGCACGCCGGCCAUGACUGAGAGGGAAGCAUCCCGUCUGGAUAAGUUCAAACAGUUGUUGGCUGGGCCCAACACAGAUCUAGAGGAGCUACGGAAACUCAGCUGGUCGGGAAUCCCAAGACAGGUCCGACCGAUAACGUGGAAGCUGCUUUCAGGUUACCUACCAGCUAACGCAGAAAGAAGAGAAAGUGUCCUACAGAGGAAGAGACAAGAAUAUUUUGGCUUCAUCCAGCAAUACUAUGACUCGCGCAAUGACGAGCACCAUCAGGACACGUACAGACAGAUCCACAUAGACAUUCCUAGGAUGAGUCCUGAGUGUUUGGUGCUGCAGCCAAAGGUGACAGAGAUUCACAUUGACAUACCGAGAACUAAUCCCCUUAUUCCUCUCUUUCAACAAGCUUCUGUCCAAGAGAUUUUUGAGCGCAUCCUGUUUAUCUGGGCCAUCCGCCACCCAGCCAGUGGCUACGUGCAAGGCAUCAAUGAUCUGGUCACGCCAUUCUUUGUCGUCUACGUCUUUGAGUACAUCGAGGAGGAAGUGGAAAACUUUGACGUGUCCAGUCUCCAGGAAGAGGCUCUGAGGAACAUCGAAGCUGACAGCUUCUGGUGCAUGAGCAAACUGCUGGAUGGUAUCCAAGACAACUACACAUUUGCCCAGCCAGGCAUUCAGAGGAAAGUCAAAGCCUUAGAGGAGCUGGUCAGCAGGAUUGAUGAGACUGUGCAUCGUCACAUGCAGCAGUACGAGGUUGAGUACCUACAGUUCGCCUUCCGCUGGAUGAACAACCUCCUGAUGAGGGAGCUGCCGCUACGCUGCACAAUCAGACUGUGGGACACCUACCAGGCUGAACCAGAGGGCUUCUCCCAUUUCCACCUCUACGUGUGUGCGGCCUUUCUGGUGAGGUGGAGGAAAGAAAUUCUAGAGGAGAAGGAUUUUCAGGGUCUGAUGAUCCUCCUGCAGAACCUUCCAACAAUGCACUGGGGAAACGAGGAAGUGAGCGUGCUGCUGGCUGAAGCCUACAGGUUGAAGUUCGCCUUCGCCGAUGCGCCCAACCAUUACAAGAGAUGAUCAGCGGAAUCAGCUGCUGCUCCCACCUCCUUAAUAGUCCACCUCUCCCGCCCUGCAGUCGCCUACUGAACUCGGAAGGACCCCGUUCCUUUCCUGGAAGGACCUCGUUUUUCUUAACCUCCCUAUCCCCCUUAUCGGCCAUUUGGCCCUUUCAGCUACUAAGAGAUUUAAAUCAAAAACAAUGACUGAGAGGACAUGCGGUGUAGCAUUCUAACAUAACGAUGUUGAGCCUUUCUUUUUUUUUUUUAAAUUAUUGUUCUCUGAUCACCUCUGAAAUUUGCACUCCUUCAGCUCAAUACAGAGCCCUUGUAUCACUGAAUUCCACAUGCUUUUGUUGGAGUUUGGUGAGCUUAUACUUAAAUGUUCUUUUCUGCUUUUUAUCUUUAGUUCUAUGCCUUCUUUUUUUUUACACAAGAUGUUACCCUUUCUCAGUUUAAAAAAAAAAAGGCCAUGAAAGACGGCAAAAAGGGUACUGUCUGGUUUAAAUAUCAGAGCCCUCUCCUCUCCCCUGCUUUUGUUUUCUCUCUUACCUUAUGGGUUUCACCAAGGGGAAACUAGAACUCUUUAGAGAGAGAUCAUCAGUCUGUGACAGGAAGGAUUGUCUGUCUUUUUCCCACAACCCCUACACACCAAUUCAACCACCCCACUUAUUCUGUCCUCCCACCCAGGCGGCUACAUCACAGUGUUCAGGUGAAAGCUGUACUUAUGGAAAAACAAGAAGCAGGAAGCCAUUAGGAACUAGAUAUCUACUUAUUACCACUCUCUAGCCUUAGAUCUGCUUAUGAAGGGCCAGUUCUUUUUUUUAAAGGAAGCCAUGACUACCUCAUAACACACAUUAACAAACCAGUGAAAACUAAAAGUCCACUCAAUAACCAACAAAGCACAUAUCACAUAUUUGCUGUUUGAAUCAGAAAUUGACACAUCCCCUCUGGACAGUUUUUUUUCCCCUUCUUCUCUUUCUAUCAUGUGGACUCGAGUUCCAUGUGUGCACAAAGCCAACACGCACUACAAUGACAGACAACUUUCUAAUAUGUUGGGUAGAAGGUGGAAAGAGCUUUUGACACUUUGCUAUGAAUAGGAUUCUGGAGUCCUCUCUUUCAAAGUGAAGGCCUUCACUGCUGUUCAUUUAUUGCCUUUUUUUAAACAUAAGAAGCAGCAGGUACACGGGGGGGGGGGGUUUGUUGCCUCUCUCAUAAUCUCGCAUCAUUAAAAAGAAAUCGCACAUUGUUGAUCUACGUCCUGCUAAUUGUAUCAUGUGUAUCCUGACUACAAAAUUAACAAAAAAAACUUGUAUGAAAGUGGGCAAUUAAAAUGAGUCUGUAUCCAGCUCACCACUUGAUCCAUUGUGAAUCAUUAGAGGUACUCACUCAUUUACAUUUUCUAGUUUUUAAUCACUUUGUGCUCCAUUGCCGUAUUAUUCAGGACUGACCUGUUUAACACUGCUAAUGGGAUCUUUGGAUUAAUCCCAUCUUUGGUACAUACAUUGUUCUUUUACAUGGAAAGUCUUAAUAUAAGGCAUGACAUUUAACAAUGCUGCUAUGUCUCCUGUCACCAGAACCAAUCACUGUCAGCCUCGUCCAUGAAGAUGGUGUGUGGGUGUGUGAAGGAGAGAGGGAGUGGGUCGUGUUUCAGUGCUUUUUUUUUUUUUUCCUGAGCUGUCGGCCUUUGAUCAGGCAUUGGGAUUUUUUUUCCUCAUAUCAGAAUAUGCACCAGUGUCUCAGACUCCUAAUCUCCCAUUCUCUCUGACAAGGAACACAAUAUAU